AUGGCUGACGAUCAAUCCCAGACGCGUUCGCAUACGCUAGCGGCGUCCGACUAUGUUAAUACGAACGGCGCCAAACUCAGCGAGGAUCGAUCGGUUUACGAUUUAGGAUGGAACAAGGACCCUGACCACGAUGCUAGGCCCUGGAUUCGUGGCAUGCAUAAUGAGGACAUUUGGGUUCUUGUGCGAAGACUCAACAAGGCAAUUUGA